AUGGCUGGCAUGUUUGUUUUCCCUAUUGCUUUCUUGCUUUUUAACUUCUCUUCAGCAUUUUCUGAUGAAACAAAACCAGUACCAGUCCAAACACAGCCAGCGAGAGACCCCUUAAAAAAUUUAACAACUUACAUUGUUCAUUUAAGGCUGCCUGCUGGUGAUAAUUCUACCCAGUUGAAUGACCUGGAAAGCUGGUACCAGUCCUUUUUGCCAAAAAAUACAACAGGCCUGAAUGAUGCAUCGCGCAUGGUUCAUUCCUACCGACAUGUUUUCACCGGCUUUGCAGCCAAACUAUCACCUGAGGAAGUUAAAGAAAUGGAGAAGAAAGAAGGAUUUCUAGAUGCUAGACCUGAAAAAACCUUGAACCUGCAGACAACCCACAGUCCUAAGUUCCUGGGUCUGUAUACCAACCACCAAUUUCAGUGGCAAUAUGGACGUGGAGAAGGUGUCAUAAUAGGCAUUAUAGACAGUGGAAUUACACCUGGCCAUCCAUCCUUUAGUGAUGAAGGUAUGCAGCCUCCACCACCUUCUUGGAAAGGCAAAUGUGAGUUUGUUGGAACUGGAUGCAAUAAAAAGCUCAUUGGCGCAAGGGACUUACUCGGCCCUAAACCUGGACAACCUCUUGACGAAAUUGGUCAUGGCACUCAUACUGCUAGCACAGCUGCUGGAAAUUUUGUGGAAGGUGCAAAUGUAUUGCGCCAAGCCAAUGGCACAGCUGCUGGGAUGGCCCCUCGUGCACACUUGUCCAUUUACAGAGCCUGCUAUCCUUCUGGAAUGUGUACUGAGAGCGCCAUUGUAGCUGCAAUGGAUUUUGCUAUCCAAGACAAUGUUACUAUGCUGUCCAUGUCACUUGGUGGACCUUCUAAACUUCCUUUCUUUGAUGACCCCAUUGCUCUCGGAGCUUUCCAAGCAAAUAAAAAGGGCAUUUUUGUGAGCUGUUCUGCUUCCAACUCUGGUCCAGAAAAUGGUUCUUUAUCAAACGAGGCUCCCUGGAUUCUCACGGUUGGUGCAAGCACAAUUGACAGGGACAUUAGGGCAACAGCCUUACUAGGCAACGGCGAUGAAUUUGAUGGUCAGUCUAUAUACCAACCAACAGAUUUUCCUCCCACUUUAUUACCUCUAGUUUAUCUAGGAAUGAAUGGUGACACAUUUGCUGCACAAUGUACUGAAAACUCGUUGAAAAAGGCCGGUGUCAAAGGAAAGGUUGUAUUAUGCGAGACAAGUGAUCUCAUGGCAACAGUUGAACAAGGCCAAAAUGUGAAGGAUGCUGGUGGCGCUGCCAUGAUUAUCAUGAACCAGGAGAUUGAAGGAUACACCAUUAUUGCCGAUCUUCAUGUUCUUCCUGCAACACAUGUGAGUUUUGCUGCUGGACAAGCUAUCAAGGCUUACAUAAAUUCGACAUCCAUGCCUCGAGCAACAAUACUGUUCAAGGGAACGAUUUUAGGAGUCAAGAAUGCACCUGCAGUUGCCUCAUUCUCCUCAAGAGGACCCAACAAUGCUAGCCCAGGCAUUUUGAAACCUGACAUUAUUGGGCCUGGAGUUAACAUCCUUGCUGCAUGGCCUCAGUCUGUCGAGAACAUCGCAAACACAAGUUCAACAUUCAACAUACUCUCUGGUACCUCAAUGUCAUGUCCUCACCUUACUGGCAUUGCCGCCUUAUUAAAAAGUGCACAUCCUAAUUGGUCCCCAGCUGCUAUCAAAUCAGCUAUCAUGACCACUGCCAGCUUCGUGAACAGAAAUGAUGGCCACAUCCACAAUGAACAGAUGUUUCCUGCAGACGUAUUUGCUACUGGUGCUGGCCAUGUGAACCCCCCAAGAGCUAUUGACCCCGGGCUAACAUAUGACAUACAACCAGAUGAUUACAUUCCCUAUUUAUGUGGCUUGGGUUACACAGACGACCAAAUUAUGAAAAUUGUGCAGAGCCCAGUUAAAUGUUCAGCUAUCCACAGAAUUCAAGAAGCAGAGUUGAACUAUCCUUCAUUUGCGAUUCAACUCAAGUCUAGUAAGCAGACAUACAAAAGGGUAGUAACAAAUGUUGGCGAGGCUCUUUCAACAUAUUAUGUUGACAUUGACAAGAUUCAGGGUGUUGAAAUCGAUGUUCAGCCUAGAGUGCUCAACUUCAGAAAGGUCAACCAGAAGAUCACCUACCAAAUAAGUUUUAGAAGGCUAAACAUGUCCGUUGGAAAUUGGUAUGAGCAAGGGGCAAUCACAUGGAAUUCUGAAAAGCACAGAGUCAGAAGUCCAAUCUCUGUUAAAUUUGCCUAA